UAGGCUGGGCUCGGGCGGUGUCAUGCAUCUCUCUCUCUCCUUCAAAUUUCUGGCACAGAUUACCUUUCACUUCCCUUCCUUAUCCGUUCAUCAUUUAUCUCUCUCCCGUUCUUUGUCGGGUGCGCUAUCAAAAUUCAAUUCACCAUCGCUGCAUCCACCCACACUUCUACAGAUAUUUUUCUCUAUGCGUACAUAUCAGUAUAACCCACCUGUACGUUUAUAAACUUUUUUGCUUUAUACAAUCGGCAACAAUAAGAAAAAUGUCCCAUCUUCCGCCGCAGUUCAAGUGCGUCCCUGACACUUUCUCCUUUCACUCCAAAUCCCACCUCCACUCCCCUACCCUACUCUCAACAAAGAGAUGGCAUAUAUAUUUUCGGAUGCCAUGCAUCUUAUCCCGAACGUCCCCACACACAUCAACCACCACAACAGUACUUGAUAUGGAGAAACUGCAAUUGACGUCUUUAGAAGCUCAUUCAAAUCUAGCUGAUGCGGAUAUACCUUGUACAUGUGUUGGGGCAAUUGGUUCAGCCACAGAGACAACCUUUGGAGCAGUUUUGGCUAAAGAAACUCUUCUUACUGGUGAAGAGGCUAUUACACAUGCCACGGCUGCUGAAGCAGUUUCUCUGGCAAAAGCAGCUGCUAAUGUUUCUGAGGAUUCAAGAAUGAUGUUUGGCCAUUAUAGCUCUUCAAAAUUGGAUGGCAGACCUGCAAUUAUUCCAUCUGAACCAGAUACAACACAGCUUGCAGAAAUCGGAGUAGUUGGUGUAGAAGUAGGUUCGACAUUAGCUAAAAAUGGAUUGGGUGAGAACUGCUAUCCUUCUAAAGAAGCUGAUGAUUUGGAGCAAAUACUCAAUGGUGUAGCUGUGAGAUCAAGGAGCCAAACAGAACAAAAAGGCAGAAGAGAAAAAGUAGCACAGAAAGCUGCAGCAAAGGAUACAUGUGUAAAAUCUGUUUUUACAACCCCAAAAGGACGUGCUACUUUGCUACAAGGAGACGACUACAACCCAUUGGGUGUCUUGGUUGGAGUUACCAGUAGAUCCAGGUUUCUCACGCGUGCUGAAGAACAUAACUUGUCAGAAGGAGUAAAGGACCUACUGAAAAUUGAAAAACUUAGGGAGGAACUUGAUGAUGGGGCCACAUUUGCAGAAUGGGCUGCUGCUGCAGGUAUUGAUGAGAAGACCCUGAGUUGUCGUUUGGCUCACGGUAUACGAUGCAAAGAAAAAAUUAUUAGAAGCUUUCUAGGGCUUGUUGGUUCGAUUGCCAAAACUUAUCAUCGACCUGGAAGGGAUCUCGGAGAGCUUGUUUGGGCUGGAUGUCAAGGCAUUAUAAGAACUACAAAAAGGUUUGAUCCUACGAAGGGGAGGUUCGCAACCUAUGCUACCUGGUGGAUUAAACUUGAAAUUCGGAAGUGUGUUCGUGACCAGUCGAGCUCUUCUCGGUUACCUGUCCACCUGGUUGAGUCACUUCGUAAAGUGAAGGCGGCCAGAAAUCGAUUUUACAGCAAAACUGGAAGGUCACCCAGCAAGGCACAAGUUGCCAAGGAAACAAGGCUCUCAAUGAAGAGCCUCCAAUUUCUACUACUCGUCCCUAGAGAAAGAAUCUCUAUGGACCAGAAGUGGCUGAACGACACAUACCAGGGUGGAUCCAGCCCGUUAUAUAGAGACUGGGACAGUGAGGAAGAGGAAGACCCGCUUGAUGAUUGUUCACCUGAAGAAGCAGUGAGGAGACGAGAAUUAAAGAGGGAGCUGGAGAAGGAGCUGGACACACUCACACCAAGGGAGAAGCAGGUCAUCAAAUGCAGAUUUGGGAUGGACAGUGGAAGAUCUAUGACAUUGCAAGCGAUUGGGGACAUAAUGGAUGUAAGCAGAGAGAGAGUAAGGCAAAUUGAGGAGUCUGCACUCAAAAAGUUGAAGGAAAAAAACCGUGGCAAUGAAGAUUUGGAGUUGUACUUGACGGAUCAGAAGUUGUACUGAUGGAUCUGGAUGAUCCUCUGUGAGGAUCAUGAGGCUUUUAAUGUGGUGUUGCCAACACAUCAAUAAAGAGAUCCAACGGCUCACAACAGCCCUUCUCUUUUUGUUUCAUUAAACGACGUGGUUUUGCACGAUAGCCUAAUGGAGAGAAAACUAUAUGGUCCGUUAGUCUCUUCUUCUCCGUUCCCGACGGUGACGAGGUCGAUCUAGCCGUUGUUCUCUUCUUCAAUCUUAAUGAUGGCCUCAAUUUUUCUAAUACCAGAAUGAAAUUCCUUCCUGGCUCCUAUCAAAAAGAAAGGACUGGAAAAAAAAAAACUCAUUACUCAUGCCCCAUCUUUGGUGUCAUACAAGCGGGACAAAAAUGGCAUGCAAAACCCAUUACAGUAUUGAUGGUGAAGCCAUCAGGAAGAAGACCUCGGUGUCCCAUGUCCUUCUCCAACUUCAGUGCUAUCCACUUCGGUUUUGGUACAAAACAGGAAAGGGUUAAAGAGAGAAAACCCUAACUUUAAUUUGGAAAAAAAGAGGGCUUUGGCUGGAUAAAAAUGGAGAGAAAGAAGAAGAAGAAAAAAUCGGUGGUGGGUUUUCUUUCUGUUCGAUUCUGGGCAGUAACGGAGAAGAAGAAACAGGAACGGCGAACAAGAAUGGGUUCUUUCUCCGUUACAGAAUUAUGUCAUCAGACGGUGUCGUUUGGCUAAACAAAAAAGAAGGCCUGUUGUGAGCCGUUGGCAACACCACACUAAAAGCCUCACACGAUCCUCACAGAGGAUCCAGAUCCGUGUAGUACUACACUGUGAUAAACCCCAGCCGAUCAAGAAAUCAGAUUUAUUAGUCAAUUUUGAAUGAACUGGAAUGAAGGGAAGGAAAGGGAACGCUCGAUCCCUUGGAAUGCUCGAUCCGACAGAAUGUACAUUAAAAAGCUUUGCUCGACUAGUAGCGAGAGAGAAGACGAUUGAGAAGAUGGUCGCUUGAAGCUGGGAUGCUUAGAAUAGAACUUCUAUUUGCAUGUGUUACAUGCAAAGCAUAUAGUUAGCGUCAACAAAAGGAGGGGCUUUGAUUCUUACCUAUGGAGGCAUCAUCAACUAAUUUAGGUGACUUUCCAUUUGGAAUGACUGUUCCAGUCCUCCUUCAAGAUAGUAGUGAUCGCAGCGAACCAAACGCUACCCUGGUGGCUGACUUAGGGCUUCAGAACAGGAAGGCGGCAUGCGCCGUUCCAUUUGUACUUUUUCUCGUUGCAGCAUUUUCUUAGAAUAGACGGAAUUGUUUGUGCAUAGAAGCAAGAAAUUUUGAAUCAAAACGUUUUACUAUUUUACCA